ACCAACUACAAUCAGCUGACUGGAUCAAUUGUUUGUGUUUAUUCAAUCGCAGUAUUAGAAAAUUGUGUUUUCGUUUCAACAGCCAGUUGUUAGCUGGAGCAGAUAAAGGACGAGUGACAGCGGCAGUCAUUAGCUGGUGAGACUCAGACAACAAAGAAAGACUUGUUCGGGGUUCGAGUUGAAGACAAGACAACAACACUGCGGUCGUUUCGGAACACUGACUUUGUUGUUAACCUAAAUUUUUGUUUAAAAGAGAAGGUUUUAUUAUGCGUUAAUUUUAUAUACAUUGACAUUCCUUAAAAUGUUUACAACUUUUCUUUUUUAUAACUAAGUACGUAUUGUGAAAUAAAGCUUAUUGAAGAUGGAAGCCGGAGAAAGUGGCGUAGGAGAAAAGCGGAAGCGGACAGAAAGUAACGGAGGCAGCAGUGACUCUGACCUGUCCGAUGGGUGGAACUUUGUUGAUCAGCUGGAUAUCAACAACCCAGAUGUCCCGAGUAGUGACGGGGAGAGUGUGGAAGUAAUUGAGGCUGAGGAUGAAAUUCCGGAACAUGGCAUAGAACCAGAUGGAGAACCAGAUGCUCCAGAGGCUGCAAGUCAACUGGUAUCCAAACCUGAGACUCCAGUGGUGCAAGUCAGCCAGGAGGAGGUGGGGGCAGCCGGUACCAGUGGGACUGAGCCCUCAGUCCCCACCAGAGUUGUAGAGGCCGGACGGGAAGAGAUGUUCGACUCCUUCUUUCCGUUGGUUCCUAUUCUUUGCCACUUCUGCAGUACUUGUCUCCAAUCUGGCAUACAUGGCCACCGAUAGUAAGUAACCUUGUUUACGUUCUCUUCCCGAUUCCAUACACAAUACAAACUUCCAUGCUGUAUUUUUUUACAAUAGAAAUUGUUUUCUCUUACAAUCUAACUAAUUUAAAUAGAAAAAUGAUGUCCCUGGAAGCAUGUGUGGGUUAUUCUUAUAAAAUUUACUUCUACAGGCUCCCUGUUAGGGUUGGUUAGUUGACAACAUGAAAGCCAGAUCUUAUUCUUUAAGGCUUUUGCUCCCAAGUGGCACAACGGUCU